UCUCCUCUAACAGAUUUGGUGCCGGUCUCCUCUACAGUCAUACCAUUAACGGCCGUUGAAGUCAGCUAUGGUUUGGGUGGUAAACCAAGCGAAGAAUACAAAGAGGCCUACUUGAAAAAAUUGCGCAAAAAAGUUCAUGAACACGAUAAAAGUGCAAGUGAGAAGCUAGCCGAUCCGGAUACAUUAAUAACCAUUAAAAAGAAACACAUUGACAGCAGCAACACCAAUAAGGCCAAAGUCAAGGGCGGCAUCAUUACCAAAAAUCCCAUACAAACAGCAGCAACAACAACAACAACUGGAGGCGACAACAAGUGA